UUUGUAGUCACAACAUAAUGUCUUUCUGUUAUACAAGAUGGGAGUUAUGCCUCUUCUUGUUCAGCUUCUGUACGUGGAAAUUGAGAAUACCGAUGCUGCAACAUCAGCAUUACAGAAACCUUCAGUGUCUAUAGCAGAUAGCAUAACACUAAGGGUGUAUCUCAACAUCAUCUACACCAUUGUGGAGGUGAUGCGCUGUGCAGAUCCUAGUGAAUCAGAUGACAUAGCUCAAGCACAGAAUGCAUUUUUCAAUGAACUGAGUGAACCUUUGGGUGGCGAUGAACUCCUUCCUAUUCUUUUACUGGAAAUGAUUUUGAAGUACUGCGCGGGUAGCUGCCCUCAUUUUCCAAUCAAGAAAAUUCUUCUCCUUUUGUGGAAAACUAUUCUGAUUUCAUUGGGUGGAUUAGAAGACCUAGCGAAGAAGAAAGAAGUUUUCAGAGUUGCUAGGGGCUUACCUGCCAGCUACGAGGUCCAGUGCCCUCCACAACAACCCACUGUUAAGGAGAGGACACCCGCUCCCCACACCCCACCCCAGUCGGGAACUGAUAGUGACAGUAAUGGAGAGAUUGUGUGGGACAGGAGUGAAGAGGAACCGUCAUACAAGCCACCAAAGCUGCGACCGAAAGUCAGGCAGAAAGAUGUGGAAGUUUUCUUGGAUAAUACAAGGAACAAGUUUGUUGGCUUCCAACUGCGAGGUGACUAUCAGACGAUUGCAGGGCUUCCCGGCCCAAUACAUGAGGGACUUUCAAUUCUGAAGAAGCAUAUGUAUGUUUCUUUGGCCGAAAUUCAAGUCAAAGAAGAGGAGGAAGCAAUGAACAGACCCUUUACAAAGGGAAAAUUAAACGUCCCUUCAAACCGGGUGGAACAACUGUACGAAGCUAUGCUUCCAAAUUUACCGCAGUAUGUGAUUGCCAUAUUGAAGAUCCUUCUCGCCGCUGCACCAACAGCAAAACCCAAAACUGAAUCGAUUAACAUCUUGGCCGAUGUCUUUCCACAGGAUAUGCCCUCAACAGUUCUUCUCUCCAUGAGACUUGGAAUUGAUGUUAACCGACACAAGGAGAUCAUAGUGAAGGCGAUAUCUGCAAUUCUCUUCCUUUUGCUUAAACAUUACAAGUUGAAUCAUGUUUAUCAGUUUGAGUACAUGAGCCAACAUCUCGUCUUCGCCAACUGUAUUCCUCUCAUUUUGAAGUAUCUGAAUCAAAACAUUUCCGCUUUCGUUGCCGCCAAGAACACUAUACCUCAACUUGACUUCCCAGCGUGCAUCUUGGGUGACCCUUUGGAACUCACCGCCGAAAGUCUGGAAAACGCUGAUCAGGAAGCAUGCUGUUGGAGAAAUCUGUUCUCUUGCAUCAACCUGGUGCGCAUUCUACAGAAACUCACCAAAUGGAAACACUCGCGCACAAUGAUGCUUGUUGUGUUCAAGUCCGCUCCCAUAUUGAAGCGUGUGUUGAAGGUGAAACACGAACUCCUUCAGUUGUAUGUUCUCAAGUUGCUGAAGGCGCAAACUAAGUUUUUAGGAAGGAAUUGGAGAAAGAGUAACAUGAAGACGAUGUCGGCCAUCUAUCAAAGGGUGCGGCAUCGGCUCAAUGACGAUUGGGCUUAUGGGAACGAUCUUGAUGCGCGGCCCUGGGACUUCCAAGGUGAAGAAAACGCCUUGCGCACAUGCGUAGAUCGCUUUAACAACCGUCGAUACGGCUUCGAGAAUUUCGACCGCCUGGGAGAAAGCGCCGAAGAGGACGAGUAUCAGCCGGUAGAUAACAACGUUUUGAGUGUUUUAGGAGAGAAGAUAGAGUUGAGCAGCGAUUUCAAAAACAAUUACGAGAGAUGGCUCGAGCGGGAGGUGUUUUCAGUGUCCAUAGAUUGGGAUCAAUUGUGCUCUUGUACAGCACAAUGUGUUGAGUAAUCAACUAGUUAGCAUGCCUUCCUGUUUGAGUAACUCGAACUGCACCAUGUGUAGUGUGUACAGAGCUUCUGCUACUUGUAAUGAAGAAUGAUAAAGUUAUAAAAUGUUUUGUUCUGGCUUCACCAAUGUUGUAGUCAUUUCUCUUUGUUCAGUCAAUUCAUAUAGUCAACUUUUUUAUAACAGUCACAAUAUUAGGCGACUUCUUUACAAAUGGUCGUCAAAUUUCUCGGUUGAAUACUGU